AUGAUCCGAUUUCGACCGGUCCAACUGCAGCUGGCCACAUCAAAUGUCCGAUUUCUCCCUUGGUACAGCUUGAUGAAUGCAGCCCUCUUCGAUGCUUCGUGUACACCACUUUGGCAGUGGGAAGAACUUGCCUCAACCAUCGUCAGAAUCGACAAGCCAUGUCAACCCCAACAAAACUUCAUUCGCACCAACACAACCGAGUCCUCAAAAAAUGGGUUCUAG